AUGGCCGCCGCCAAACUCGUGCUUGACAACAUCCACCCUACACUGUCCCAACCGCCACAAGACCAUAACACAUACGUACUGGGGGACAUAAAUGGUCAUAACGUGGUUGUUGCUUGCCUUCCAUCGGGGGUCUAUGGUACGACCGCUGCGGCUGUUGUUGGGUCCCAAAUGCUGUCUACAUACCACAAAAUCCGCUUCGGGCUUCUCGUCGGCAUUGGAGGCGGUGUUCCCUCGGCCUCGGUGGAUAUUCGACUGGGAGAUGUUGUCGUGUCAAGUCCUACUGGUGUGCUACCUGGGGUGGUACAAUAUGACUUUGGUAAAACGAUGGAAUCGGGUAGGAUAGAGCGCAUCGGGUCGCUUAACUUGCCUCAUCCAGCACUAUUGACAGCCCUCUCAGCCGUCCGGUCGAAUCAUAUGAUGACCUCCCCAAAAUUCUGGAUAUAUGUAUCGGAAAUACUGAGAUCGCGCGAGCAGCACGACGACGAGGAACCCUCUAUAUUCCCAUAUCCGGGACAGGAGCACGACGUGCUCUUUCGUGCGAAUUAUCGUCACCUGGAUUCCGAACCUGAUUGCUGGUCCUGCGACUGGACUCAGGCCGUAGGGCGUCGACAGCGAUUAUCAAAGUCUCCGAAGGUUCAUUAUGGCUUGAUUGCGUCUGGCAACCAGGUCAUGAAAGACGGUCACACUCGCGACAGUCUAGCACGGGAGCUAGGAAUCAUCUGCUUCGAAAUGGAAGCAGCCGGCCUGAUGAAUCACUUUCCAUGUCUGGUCAUAAGAGGAAUUUGCGAUUAUGCGGACUCGCACAAGAACAAGAAUUGGCAGGGCUAUGCUGCACUGACCGCGGCAGCAUAUGCCAGGGAGCUACUUUCAGCGAUAUCAUCAAUCCAUCCGGAACCUGGCACGCGCAUGGACUCACGGGUGCAGGUGCCUGGUCAGUGUAUGUGA